AUGGCCGGCCGCGUCCUGCUGCUCUGGGGGCUCCUGCUCCUCCUCGUCCUCCCCCAGGUGCGGCUGUCAGUGUUUCUCUCAGCCCCGAGAGCCAGUGCAGUUCUCGGGAGGUGGAGGCGUGCUGGCUCCUACCUCCUGGAAGAGCUCCUCCAGGGGGACCUGGAAAGGGAGUGCUACGAGGAGAUCUGCGUCUACGAGGAGAGCAGGGAAGUGUUUGAGGACGAUGUGCUCACAGAGGAAUUCUGGAGGCAGUACAGGGGUGGCUUUCCAUGCACCUCCCAGCCCUGCUUCAACAACGGGUCAUGCCAGGACCACAUCCGUGCCUACACCUGCACCUGCUCCCCUGGCUAUGAGGGCAAGAACUGCGAGAUGGCUACAAACGAAUGCCACCCCGAGAGGACAGACGCGUGCCAGCACUUCUGCCACCCAGGACAAGUGUCCUACAUGUGCAGCUGUGCACGGGGCCACCGGCUAGGCCCAGACCACAAGGCCUGCCUCCCCAUGAACCCAUGUGCGUGUGGGGUCCCAUAUCCUGGACAUGCCACCUCGGCAGGCAGAAGCUGGCCCCGUCCUCCCAGCUUCCCUUGGCAGGUCAAGUUAACAAAUUCCAAAGGGCAAGACUUCUGUGGUGGUGUUCUCAUACAGGAAGAUUUUGUGCUGACAACAGCUAAGUGUUCUCUGCAACACAGAAAUAUUAGUGUGAAAGUGGCAGUGCCACAGGCGAUCAGGAUCAAGCGUGUUCACGUGCACCUGUGGUAUGAGGAGGAGUCAGGGCAGAAUGAUGUCUCCUUGCUGGAGCUUGAGCAGCCGGUGCCAUGCCCAGCCUUGGGGCGCCCUGUCUGCAUACCUGAGAGAGACUUUGCUGAGCGGGUCCUCAUCCCGGGGACACAGGGCCUUCUCAGUGGCUGGAUCCUCAAUGGCACUGACCCAGGCACUGUGCCAGCUGGACUGCCAGUCACAUAUGUAGAUGGGGAGGAGUGUGAGCAGGCCCUGAAUGUGACUGUCACCACGCGGACCAGCUGCGAGCGGGGCGAGGUGACACCGGGGCAGUGGCUGGAGGGAAGUACCGUCACCAGAGAACACCAGGGCACCUGGUUUCUCACUGGGAUCCUGGGCUCAUCCCCAGCACCACCACCGGCCGGGCAGGCACACAGGUUCCUGCUCACUACCAUCCCCCGGUACUCAUUGUGGUUUACACAGACGAUGAAGUAA